UCCACCACGACGCCUGACGCCUCCGAGGCUACUCAGGCCUCCUGAGCCCGGGAGGUGGCGCAGCCCAGCUCUGAGGCCCAACGGGACCACCUGGGGCACACUGGCCGAAUUGGACAGUGGAAACUGCCUCCUGACCUGGAUUGACACACCUGACCACACAGCCAGUACCUCCAAGCUGUGGGAACUGCUACAGGGUUAGCAUUCUAUCCUUGGAGUCCAUGUGCCCACCCCAGGCCCAGGCAGAGGUGGGUUCCGCCAUGACUGAGAAGACAGAGAUGGUGUGCACCUCCAGCCCAGCACCUGCUCCUCCCUCUAAGCCAGCUUCACCUGGACCCCUUCCUGCAGAGGAGGUGGACCACAGAAACACGUGCAACCCCUGGUUGCCUCCAGGUGUGCCAGUGAUAAACCUGGGCCACACCAGGCCCACAGGGGCAGCCAUGCCCACCACAGAGCUCAGUGCCUUUCGGCCUUCCUUGCUGCAGCUGGCUGCCUUGGGUACAGCUCCACCCACCUUGGCCCUGCACUACCACCCUCACCCCUUCCUCAACAGUGUCUACAUUGGGCCAGCAGGACCCUUCAGCAUCUUCCCUAACAGCCGACUGAAGCGCAGACCAAGCCAUGGAGAGCUGGACUUGGUUGACGGGCACCAACCCCAGAAGGUGGCUCGGCGAGUGUUCACCAACAGCCGCGAGCGCUGGCGGCAGCAGCACGUUAACGGCGCCUUCGCGGAGCUCAGGAAGCUGCUGCCCACCCACCCGCCCGACCGGAAGCUGAGCAAGAACGAGGUGCUGCGCCUGGCCAUGAAGUACAUCGGCUUCCUGGUGCGGCUGCUGCGAGACCAAGCGGCUGUGUUGGCCUCCGGCCCCAGCGCGCCCGGGUCCCGCAAGCCACCUGCGCACCGGGGCGUGGAGGGCAACGCACGCUGCGGGGCCGGACACAGAGUAGAGGCUGCCCGCUCGCAGCCCGUGCUUCCAGGGGACUGCGAUGGCGACCCAAAUGGGUCAGUGCGACCCAUCAAGAUGGAGCAGACGGCCCUGAGUCCUGAGGUGCGGUGACCCAAGGCAGCGGCGCCUCAGCUGCUGCUCAGUGAACUCCUUGUAAAAGGGUCUCAGAUCGCCCAGAUGAGGAAACUUUCUGUAGCUUUGGGAGGGUGACUGGGCGAUGCCAGGGGCCCCCCAGACUUUUAAGAAAAAUUUCCCACAGCCUACUUGCAGUGGCUUUGCCAGUGUCCUCUUGCCAGGGCCGAGACCAGAGAAUCAACAAGGCCAAGUAGCCAUGGGAUCCCAGAAGUCCUGAGGGAGGUAGGGAAGGGUCUGGAAGCCUUCGCACUCCUCACCCGCGCCCCCUGCUGGAGGCGAGAAGACCCUACCAAGUGUGUGCAGGACCUACCCCGUGAAGCCCAACUGGUUGUGCUUGAUCCAUGAUCCUGUUAACCGCGGCAAGAAAGACGCAGACACUC